UAUCAGUCACUGUGUGACAGUGUAAGGCCUCACCUCAAGACAGGCGGCAUGGGGGUUGUGGCGGCGUGUGGGAUUUUAUGCAUCACACCCUCCCUCCGACGCUCGAGAAUCUGUGGUGUUGGUCGCUGUGGAAUCACCGUCACCAAGGUCUCACCUGCUUUCCCCUGUCUUCGGAAGCGAGCAUGGUGGGCUAAUCCCACUAUUAGUAUUAAGGAUUUAACCGGCUCGUCCGGCUUCAAGCCCUCUUCUGCAAUUCUUCGCCCUUUCAAUGAGCAUCACGGCGCACUUUUGCAGGAUAUAGGUGCAACGACACUCGUCUUGGCCGGCGCUUAUUCUCUCGUUCUUGGGUUCGACAAACUCACCCAAAGGAACAUAAUCCAACAGAAUUUGAGUAGAAAACUGGUCCAUAUAUUGUCCGGGCUUCUUUUCAUGCUUUCUUGGCCUCUAUUCAGCACUUCACCAGAGGCUCGAUAUUUUGCUGCUUUCGUUCCUAUUGUCAAUUGCAUAAGGCUAAUCAUCUAUGGCCUUUCUCUGGCCACUGAUGAAGGUCUCAUUAAAUCUGUGACUCGAGAAGGAAACCCAAAGGAAUUGCUUCGAGGUCCACUUUACUAUGUUUUGAUUUUGAUUUUUUGUGCGGUCAUCUUCUGGCGUGAUUCCCCAGUUGGAGUGAUUGCAUUAGCUAUGAUGUGUGGUGGAGAUGGGUUUGCCGAUAUCAUGGGGAGAAGAUUUGGGGCACUAAAACUCCAGUAUAAUAUACAGAAGAGUUGGAUUGGGAGCUUCUCUAUGUUUCUGUCUGGGUUCUUGAUUUCUAUAGGGAUGCUCUACUUCUUUUCUGCUCUUGGGUACUUUCAGUUGGAUUGGCCAUGGACAGUGAAAAGAGUAGCUUUAGUCUCAUUAGGAGCUACAGUUGUGGAAUCCCUUCCAACAACCAAAGUUGAUGACAACAUAUCUGUUCCUUUAUCAAGCAUGUUAAUGGCACUUCUGCUUCUCAGUUAACGCGGCUUCCUCACAGCGAAUCCCUGUUAUCAGCUGGACUCCCAAUCCUGUU